CGUGCGCGCGGCCGGCCCGCAGUGGGCGAGCGAGCGAGCGCGGGCGGCGGGAGGGGGAGCAACGGCCGCGGCGCGAGCGGAUCGGGAUCGGGAUCGGGAUCAGGAUCAGGAUCAGGAUGCCGAACAAGAGCAAGAAGGAGAAGGAGCCCAACAAGCCCGGCAAGAGUCCCAAGAGCAGCGGCAAGGAUGGCGGGGAUAACGCGGAGGAGGCCCAACAGCAGCCGACUGCAAACAAGAGGCCCAGUAACAGUGCUCCUCCUCAAACUCAACUUAACAAAAUCAAGUAUUCUGGAGGACCACAGAUUGUAAAGAAAGAGAGACGCCAGAGUUCAUCCCGCUUCAACCUGGCAAAGAACAGGGAGUUGCAGAAACUGCCAGCACUUAAAGAUGCACAGUCUCACGAGAGAGAAGAGCUAUUUGUUCAGAAAUUACGACAAUGCUGUGUUCUCUUUGACUUUGUCUCUGACCCUCUCAGUGACCUCAAAUACAAAGAGGUGAAGCGGGCAGGUUUGAAUGAGAUGGUGGAAUACAUCACACACAAUCGGGAUGUCAUCACAGAAGCUAUUUACCCAGAGGCUGUUAUUAUGUUUUCAAUAAACCUAUUCAGGACAUUGCCGCCUUCGUCUAACCCCACUGGGGCAGAAUUUGAUCCCGAGGAAGAUGAACCCACACUUGAAGCUGCUUGGCCACAUCUACAGCUCGUCUAUGAAUUUUUCCUGCGAUUCCUUGAGUGUGCUGAUUUCCAACCAAAUGUAGCAAAGAAGUAUGUAGACCAGAAGUUUGUCCUGUCGUUACUGGAAUUGUUUGAUAGCGAAGAUCCAAGGGAGAGAGAUUUCCUGAAGACAAUUCUUCACAGAAUCUAUGGCAAAUUCCUGGGCUUAAGGGCUUACAUCCGAAGACAAAUCAAUAAUAUCUUUUACAGGUUUAUUUAUGAAACUGAGCACCAUAAUGGGAUUGCAGAACUUCUAGAGAUUUUGGGCAGUAUAAUCAAUGGGUUUGCAUUACCUUUAAAGGAAGAGCAUAAAAUGUUCCUGAUCAGAGUUUUAUUGCCGUUGCAUAAGGUGAAGAGUCUCAGCGUGUACCACCCACAGCUGGCCUAUUGUGUGGUGCAGUUCCUUGAGAAAGACAGCAGCCUUACAGAGCCGGUGAUCGUAGGUUUGCUCAAGUUCUGGCCCAAAACGCACAGUCCAAAGGAAGUGAUGUUUCUGAAUGAACUGGAAGAAAUUCUGGAUGUCAUUGAGCCGUCAGAGUUUGUGAAAGUAAUGGAGCCACUGUUCCGACAGCUCGCAAAAUGUGUUUCCAGCCCACACUUUCAGGUGGCAGAGCGAGCUCUAUAUUAUUGGAACAAUGAAUACAUCAUGAGUUUGAUCAGUGAUAAUGCUGCCAGAAUCCUCCCUAUAAUGUUCCCUGCACUUUACAAGAACUCCAAAAGUCACUGGAACAAGACAAUUCAUGGAUUGAUUUACAAUGCACUGAAGCUGUUCAUGGAAAUGAAUCAGAAGCUGUUUGAUGAUUGCACCCAGCAAUAUAAGGCAGAGAAACAGAAGGAGAAAUUCAAACUUAAAGAGCGCGAAGAGAUCUGGCAAAAGAUUGAACAUUUGGCCCAACAUAAUCCUCAGUUUAAUACGUAUGUUGAGCCCCCAGCUGCCAGCUCUGUGCUCUCCAUGGAGACAGAAACUCCCACAGCUGAGGGAGUUUCAGCUGAAGAUAUCCAACUGCUGAAGAAGGCUGUGGAGACUGAGGCUAUCCAGAUGAAGAAAGAUAUAAAGAAAGAGAAGAUUCUGCUGCGCCGAAAGUCAGACCUGCCCCAGGACGUGUACACUAUAAAGGCUCUGGAAGCACACAAGCGGCCUGAGGAGUUCCUCACCUCGAACCAGGAGGCUCUCUGACGGGCAGCACCUGCACACUAGCCCUCACAAUCCCCUGGCACCAGGAUGUGAGCAGAUGCCAUCUCUCCUGUAAAGCAUAGAAUGAACUGUUGAUCAGUGUUCAUGUCAAGCUGUGUCCUUCCCUUUUGUAACCAGCUUCUCUUAUGUUUUUCUUCCUUUGCUGCUGUUUCUUGCCUCGGUCUUAGACAACAACCUUAGCACCCACCUUGGUCUACUUCUGCCCGUUGUUUAAGUGAGUUGGGUGUCUGCAGAGAAAGCAGACUCCAGGCACCUGAAAGCAGUGUGAACCAGCACCUGCAGGUUUCUGAGGUAGUGCCUCACCUGGUACAUGUCCCUACCCCUACCCCCCCCCCCCGAGAGGCUCUGCGUGGGACCAAGUGACUCCGUCCGAGCCUCGGCCCUGCCUGUCCCGAGUGUUUCCACCCAGAGCCCCCCCGUCCCGUCCCCAGUGGCUGGUGUUCCUACGCUCCUUGACCGGUUUGCUGGUUACCUCCAAGCAUUAUUGUGGCCUCAGCUGCAGCCAGUUUUCCCUUACAGGGGAAAGUUAUAUAUCAUGGAAAAUGGAAUCUGCAAAAGAAGCGGCUAGAUUGGUCCAGUUGACACUGAGUGCCUGGCAGAACUGUUGUUCCUUGCUUUCUGUUUACUUCUCUGGAUUUCCUCUCUCUCUAUUGUUAUUGUGGUGUAAUUCUACAGCUGGACAGAGGCGAGGCUGCCUGGCCAUUCAGGAAGGUGAAUGGUUUGACCUUCUGAUGUGUUAGUCUGGCCCUGCCGAACGCCGCACUCACUGGAAUAGUAAGCAGACAUUCCCCCAAAUACCCAAGGGUGCUGAAGCUGAUGGUUUUUGCCCACUAACUAGGCAUAGAGGUGCUUUAAAGCUAGUCUGUAGGUCUUGCCCCCCACCAAGCAAGGCAGUUCAUCUGUGAUCGGCUUGUCUGACCGUUGACUGUUUCACUUGUCAGGGUGACAGUUUCUUGACUCUCGGUGUUGGGUCCAUUUCCCUGCCACUUGUGGCUUUCCCUGCUGUGUGUUUAACCCUUUGUGCAAUCAACAGCUAUAUAACAUUCAAUGAAUGAUGGAUAUAUAAAUAUAAGCCUAAAUAGCUCAGUGCAGGAGAGUAACGCCCUUCCUGCAGUACUGUCCUGUCAUGUACCAUCCUCUUAACCAUGACUCUUGACCAACACAGAGGGUCUGGUGGGGAUCUUUAAAUGGAGCAGUCCUGAUUACGUAGCUCAUGGGUAUCAUGUCGACUCGCCAGUUUCUACAGGCACUUCUUUACCAACAAAACGAAAGCGGCUUUGGUAUUACCUGUUUAGUUUUUCUUCAUAGAUUCAUGUAAAGUAUUAAAGUGAGAAAGGCCAUUUCAGUAAAGUAACCGUGGAGCAGAAACCGGAAACUUCCUCUUUGUGCGAAAUUCCCAAGCAGGUUGUGUUUGAAAUUGCAGCUCCUGACCAGAGGGCCAGGUCCCUUGUUGGUCAGGCACACACUGCUCUGUAGUUUCCAGAGCUCGAUGCUGUUUAUGUGUCAAGCCAAUAAAAUCCAGCCUGUGUUUUAGCUGCUGAAAAUGAAUGGGAGUUCUGGGCUCGUGUUUGUGUGGUUGUAGGUGGAGGGGAUGUGGAGCGUGUUUCUCAGCAGAAUUUGACUCCAAAUGGGUAUCCACGAUUCACUUCCCUCCAUUAUUUUGUUCAUGUGCAGUACCUGACAGUGACUGGCUGAUGGUGGGUGGCAGUGGGAACCAACCCCUUCUCCCAGCUUUUCCCAGUUUUGCCAGGUCACUGAAUAGCUAGCAUACACUUUUCUCAUCAGAUGUGAAAAGACCUUUCUGCAACCCAAGUAAGCCAACCCCACAAAAAGUGAUAGUCUCCCCCCCCUCCCAGUCUCAACUCCAGGAAGAUAAAUAUAUUCAUCUUUUUGGUGUGGUCUGUGGAACCUGGUGUGCUGCCGAGCCCAACCCAGCAACUCUAUCCCUGACUAACUGUGUGUUCAUCGCUCAUUCAUUGUACACAAGGUGUUCACGAUGGUGCUGUCUAUAAAAAAUAUUGUUUUGCCAGAA